CAAGUAGGACAUAAUAUGCCCACCAUGUGGGUACAGCGUCGUGUCUUUCAAGUCCCAAGAGCGAGAGAGAGAACGACACUCACAUGCUGUCCAUUUACUGGGGACAGGUGUUGUUGGCAGGUUGCGAUCUGCAGUCUAUUUCCAAUAUCGGUACUCGGUUUAAUACUGCCUGCAGUUCUCCAUUCGUAGUGCUUAAAAGAAAAAAAAACAAAAAAAAAUUUUAAAUACCAAGCAUAUAUUUUUGCAGUGUCGAAACGGAUCGGGAGAUUCACGCACUCAUACUUGAUGAAACUUACUCGGAAUCAUGAUCGAAAACACUUACUGCGAGUACGAAGAUUUAACGUACGACAAAGCUUGCGUCGCCGUCAAAACGAGCACCGAUUAUCCCGAAACUUGGCUCUACUCCCUGUCCUCCGAUUGCCACUUGUGUCCAUACACGCGAAUCGGUCAGAUAACGUACGCUCAAAAUCAGAGCUUCACAUUUCACACUGAGAGAUCUUUGACAUGGAGGGUACGAAGCAACGGCGUCGAGGAAUAUGUUCCGGCAUCAAAUACGAGCGACAUAAUCUGCAGUUUAACACCGAAUUUGGGACAAUUCGGUGUAUACGAAUUAAACGUUGACAAUGGAAGCUGCAUUCUCAGCAUCGUGAAGGAUCCCUCGAGUUUGUACAUGCCUCUCCUCGCUGUGUUUCUCGUAACACUCUGUCUACUGGCCGGAUGCACUUUAUUAAGAACCGGAAUAAACAGUUUGAGAAAAAAAUUUAGGGUCCGAAAUCCGUGCAUAGGUGAUACGGAUCCGCAGGAAAAGGCUUUGGUAGUUAAACGGCGAGUAAGAUCCAUCGACACGUUCAGAGGAAUAAGUAUUCUAGCGAUGAUUUUCGUGAACGACGGUGCCGGAGGCUACUCGGUUUUGGAGCAUGCGACGUGGGACGGUUUGCUCGUCGGCGAUUUGGUUUUUCCAUGGUUCAUGUGGAUAAUGGGGGUGUGUUUGCCGAUAUCGGUGGGUUCGAAACUAUCGCGACAAGUUUGCCGUUUCACCAUGUGUCGGGGAGUCGUCAAGCGCAGCGUAAUUUUGUUCCUCCUCGGAUUAUCACUGAACACCCUCGGCACGAACGCGCAAAUUGAAAACAUCCGGUUGUUCGGUGUUCUCCAGCGUUUCAGCGUCGUCUACCUUAUCGUCGCCCUGAUCCUGGUUCUGCUCAGUCGGAGAAGACGCAUCGAGCCCAAGAACCCGUUUCUCGAAGCCGUCAGCGACAUUUUCGUUCUUCUCCCUCAAUGGAUGCUGAUUUUAUGCCUCGUCGCUGCCCACUCGGCGAUAACUUUUCGCUUGCCGGUCGUCGGCUGCCCAACAGGGUAUCUUGGACCUGGGGGACGUCACGACGAUGGCAAAUAUCCCGAUUGCGUCGGCGGCGCGGCCGGGUAUGUAGAUCGAAAAAUACUGGGAACACGGCAUAUUUACCAGUAUCCAACAGCCAACACGGUUUAUGGAUCGGGUCCGUUCGAUCCCGAGGGAAUACUGGGUUGUCUAAGCUCGGUGUUUCAGGUAUUUCUCGGUGUUCAGGCUGGUAUGAUAUUGAAAUACUACACGAGUUGGAAGGACCGAGUUUGCAGGUGGAUCGGAUGGGCCUUAAUUUGCGGGGGCCUCGGUCUCUCGUUGCACUUUACUAACAUUGUACCAAUGAACAAAAAUUUAUGGUCAAUGUCUUUCGUGCUCGUUACGACGAGCCUCGCGUUUCUGUUACUGACGAUUUGUUACGUCUUGGUAGACGUGACGGAAUAUUGGCGAGGCGGACCGUUCAGGAUACCCGGAAUGAACGCGUUGGCGAUGUACGUUGGUCAUCAGCUCUGUUAUCAAAUAUUUCCGUUCCACUGGGCUUACGGUGAAAUGAAUACUCAUACCUGGCGUCUGAUCGAAACGAUAUGGGGCGUCGGGCUUUGGACUGCGAUCGCCUACCUUCUCCACGCCAGGAAAAUAUACCUGGCAUUAUGAGACGCGUUCUUUUUUUCCCGAUCAACAUCCAUCCGCUUUGCCAUUUUAUCCCGACACGAUUUACGUUUCGCUUCGUGUCGCGGUAUAAAACGCGAGCGCACUUUUAUACCUGAUAACACUGUUGGCUACAAAUACACGAUUAUGUGACUAAAUAAAUAAUCUUACAAUAUA